AUUGUCUCCAGAUGGGGUAGCAGGUGAGGUGAAAUGCCUGGUCCACGGCUCCAGCACUAAUACCAGCCAGAACCAGGAUCGCAAACCAGUUCCAUCCGGCUCCCAAACCUUGCUGACCCACCAUCUGUGACGAGGCACGUGGUUGUGUUUCCAGGCGAAGUCCACUUUGUCAAGUUUUGUGAGUCUGACCUGCCAAGUUUUCCAGUUUUCACUUGUGACUUAUUCUGUUCUGGAUACUCUGGUCUUCCCUUGGCCUGAAUCAAAGCAGUUGGGAGGUGAUGAAGGAACCAAGGUUGCUAAGAGACCACCUGUGCUGAAUGCACUUUGUUCUAGCAAGAGCAGCUGGAGAGAAAACCCAGGAGCAGCAUUAUCUACUACUACCCGGGAUUAAGUCAGGGAGCAGGAGCAUUUUGGAUAUGACGUGUAAAAACUGGAUAUUAAUUUCUACUACUAACCCCACAAGUCUGGAAGAUGAAAUUGUGGGAAGACUUCUAAAAAUUUUGUUUGUAAUCUUUGUUGAUUUCCUGUCUAUUAUCUAUGUUGUUAUAACUUCUUAGCUGACUUCCCUUACUUUACAUGUGAAUUUCAUAUUGAAUUACAGUGAAUAAAAUUUUGUAAUUUAG